UAGCCCCGCACUUGUCCCUCCCUGUAUGUAGACGAAAGUGCGGGGUCGAGCAUGCGAGUUCACUGCUGACAAGAUGGCGGGGUCCGGAGUAUUAGGUUUAGCUGAGCUGCCAACUGAUCCGCUGCUUCUUAUACUGUCGCACCUGAAUUACCGGGACUUGCUGAGUUGCAGUCUAGUCUGUCGACGACUCAACCAGUUAUCUGCCCACGACCCCCUGUGGAAGCGGCAAUGCCGGCUGUACUGGCUGUUGUCAGAAAAGAGUCCGAAAACUCAGAGCUGGAAAGCAACAUUCGAGGAAUAUUACAAAGACCUGGGCCGGUAUAUCCAUCAUUAUGCAACUCUUAAGGCUGCAUGGGAUGCGCUGAAGGAGUAUUUAGCUGAGCGUUGCCCACGCAUGAUAAUUUCUUUAAAAGCGAGCGCUCAAGAAGAGGAUCUGAAUGAUGUGGAGGAGCGAAUUGGCUGCAAGCUUCCAGAUGAUUAUCGCUGCUCUGCUCGUAUCCAUAAUGGCCAAAAGCUAGUAGUACCUGGGCUUAUGGGCAGCAUGGCGCUGUCUAAUCACUAUCGGUCUGAAGACCUACUGGAUAUAGACACGGCCGCAGGGGGCUUCCAGCGCAGGAUGGGCCUCAGUCAGUGCCUGCCUAUCACCUUCUGCAUCCACACCGGACUUAGCCAGUACCUGGCACUGGCAGAUGCUGAGGGAAGAUGGCGCAAUGAGGUCUUCUAUCAAUGCCCAGACCAGACUGCACACAAUCCUGCUGCACUUGAUAUGUUUAUAACAGGUACCUCAUUUUCCCAGUGGUUUACAUCGUAUGUGCAGCACGUCAUCUCAGGUGACUUCCCCAUCAUCCGAGACCAGAUAUUCAGGUAUGAGCAUGACAAGGACUGUGUGGCGACUACAGAUGAGAUCUCGGUGUCUGUGUCUACAUCUUUCCUGCCGGAGCUGAGCUCAAUUCAUCCCCCACAUUACUUCUUUACCUACAGGAUCCGAAUGGAGAUGUCUAAGGAAGCCCUGCCUGAGAGAGCCUGCAAGCUGGACAGCCGCUACUGGAGGAUAACCAAUGCAAAGGGCCACGUGGAGGAGGUUCGGGGCCCAGGUGUUGUAGGUGACUACCCAGUUCUGAAGGCAGGCCGCGUGUAUGAGUAUACCAGCUGCACCACCUUCUCCACCACCUCUGGGUACAUGGAAGGUUAUUACACUUUCCACCGAUUGGACUCCAAGGGUGAGAGCUUCAAUGUCACUAUCCCCCGGUUCCACAUGAAAUGCCCGACGUUCCGAGUGUCCACAACAAACGCAAGUAGGCGUAAAAGGAGUUCUGAGUCUAUUGCAACUCUUUCUGUUUCUUCUCAAAGGAUUGAGGAAGAAGAUUUCUCUUCCAUAUCCGGUGUGUUCCUGGCGCAGGAGACAUUACUGAAUUACACUGAAGCUGAGAGCAUUUGUACUAGAAAGUAUUUAUCCUCUUUGGCGACUUUGGCACAAGUUACAAAUGCUUUUAACCACGGCUAUGAAUCUUGCAGGUGGGGCUGGGUAAAAGAACAUAUAGUCAUUAUGCUGCGACAAACGCCAGAUGAAGAUUGUGGACGAUAUAGCCUGGGGGUCCUGACAAGCGAGUGCCCAGGGCUGAGAGCUGAUUCUGUGUUUUGUUUCUGGAGUAACAGUACACACAGAGGCAUCUACACUAAUAAAUCUAUGACAUCGUAUGAAAAUGCCACCAACAUCUGCACCACAAACGGUGACAUAAUAGCCACACAGAUGCAGAUAGAACAGACGACAAAUCGCAGUGUGACAUUUAACAGCACCGGUUGGUAUAAUUGGGGAAAUGGUUUUUUUGACAUAAAUGGAACCUUUGUGGCCUCUCGUUGUGAAGCUGUUGGGAACAGUUCUUCGGCCUACUGCUUUAACUCACAGUUGCCUGAUGUGCUCCCACAAACAAAUAAUACAGGCUGGAAGAGGAUUCUCAUUAUCUGCUUGUUGGGCUCCAUAUUUGUUGUGCUACUGCUUGCUGCCAUUUUUAUGAAGGGGAACCAGUUCAUCUGCUUUCUGAGGAGCCAACCCUCUGUACGGCCAGAUGUCCAAGAGAGCAUCUACUCUCAGAUACCAAGAUGGAAUGUCACUGGAGCUGAAACCUAUGAACACAGAAAACCUUCAAUUAACCCCACCUAUGCCAGAACCUUUAGCUUUGUACUUGAGAAGCGUCCACCUGCCAUCCGCCCUGACAUGAGCAAAUACAAAUCUCAUUUCUAUAGCAACACUGGCUAUGAUUAUACUGGAGAAAAAUGAUGUGUUGGAUGGAUAUAGUAGGAGGUUUGUAUGUUGCUACAAUGAAUAUAUUUCUAUCACAUAAAUAUCCCUUCAUGAGUUGGACUCUCCAGCAAUGAGUACGUGUAAUGUCUACAACAGACUUUGAUGUUUGUGGAAUUUGUGAAUAUUUUAUGUCAUUUGGGGUCAUAACAUGGACCAAGCACUUGUUUUUCAGUAGAUCUUUCCACUAACUUUGUGUGCCCUAACAGUGGACAAACAACGCCACUUGCAAACCAAGUUUCAUGCCCACCAACUUCCCAGUUUCCCUAGAAAAUCUUGGGAAAUCUUGAGAUUAACGUCUCUUCCUGCUGGGAGUUCAUUUAAUGGCUGGGACUGAUGUUACAGUGCUUGUGGCCCCAGGGACAGAAAUUAUCAUUGUUUACGGCAACGUAUCUGCAGAACAAUAGUGACACCGCUGCCUGGUAAAAGCCUUUUGGGGAGCAUUACUUUUACUAGAUUACUCACACUUUUGUGCCUGGCGCUGCUGAAUUUUUCACAGGCCUCAAAUCAAUCCUCCUAGCAGUUAAAUAAUGUUAUUUGGCCUUGAAAAUUAAAUUCUUUAGCAAACCA